UGCGGGUGGCCCAAAUGUGACCCGUGCUUUGGAAAAUAGGCGCAGCUACGGUAUGCAGUCUGUUGAAGAUGAUCCGUUCAUCGCAGCAGCGUCAAUGCAGUCUGAGCUCAACUGAUGGAAAAACGAAAAAAACCAGACUCCAGUCAGGGUGUAAACUAUGGAUACCUGUCACAAGAUUCUGUCCAACAGCCUGAAAUGUUACUUAAUCCAGGUUCCCGCAUGGUGAGAAACGGUCGUUUAGCGCAAAGCACUGGUGAACUGGAUGCGAACUCAGCAUACCCGGCAAGGGGACCCCAGAGAGACUUCUGCACGCUCCCCCCGUAUCAUGAACGACCUUCGUUUGAAGAAGCCAUGCGGCAUUCAGGAAGGAAGCCGAAGACCAGGAAAUCAACGGGAGAUCUCACCCGGCCCGGACAGGGAUGACAUUCAGGCCGCAGACCAAGACAGGCUCGACCAGCUGAUGAACCCACAGACUCGAGCGAUGGAGAACAGCGGUUUACGCCUCAGAGAACUGCACCCCCUCCCCCGAGA